GUUUAUUUAUAGAUAGUUUAUUUUUAGUGAAACCACAUUUGGAAUGUCAAUAAUUUUCUAAAAUGUGAUAUAGAAAUGUAGAUCUAAAAUAAAUCAUAAUGUGUAUGAUAUAUAAAAGCAUGUGCACAAUUACAUGAUCAGUUUCCUUUAUUCAUCUGAAGAUAUUAUGAAUAAAAUGUUGGAUAUGGAGGCCCCACAUAGGAUUCUUGAUUGGGGUACAAAGGAUCAUUUGCGAGACUUGCAACAGCAGAUUGAUCAAAUGCAUUUUAGUUAUUUAGAAACUGAUGAUUGUCCACAAAAAAUUGAACAACGACAGAAACUUGAGGGUUUUAUAAGAGAAUUCUUGUGCAUUGUACCACACUCAAGGAAGUUUGUAUUAAGAGAAACUUUGCAAGUUCUUCAUAAGUCUGCUGGAUUACAAAACUUUAGUGGUUAUCGUGCUGCGCUUGCCUGGAAUGCAAUCGCUCGAUAUGCAGCUAAUUUACUUACACAACCAUGGAGAAAGGAAUAUAAAGAAAUUAAGUUGUAUUGUGGGUUUUAUAAACAUGAAAUUGAGGAAAAUCUUGUUGGUGCUGAAAUUAUAUUUGAAGCAAUGGGUUAUAAACGUGUGGAUGGAAGCACUCUUUUACUUGAAGGGCCCAUUUGCCCAGAUCAAGUUGCCCAUGUUAGUCGAGAUUCUUUAGUGGCAUUUGUAGAGUGUGAGAUCUUAAAAAAUAUUUGGGAAACAGUAUCUGCAGUAUGUAAUAUUAAAUGGUUAGAAGCAUUACAAUUUAGGGAAGUGCAUAUUGGAGGUCCGGAACAGGCUAGUAAAGCCUUGUUGUACAGGCAUAAUGAAAACAACUAUCAACAAUGUAAACCAGAAAAUAAUUGUAAUUCUUAUGCUGCUGUAAAUGAUGUACAAUAUCAGCAUUAUUCACAUCUAUAUAACAGAAACAUGUCAAAUGUUAUGACCUCUGAUUUGCCUGGACAGUGCUUAUAUGGACAGUUUGUUCCACAAAAUCCAUAUGGUUUGAACUGCUAUGGUCACCCACCUGCGUAUGCGAUAACAAUUCCUGUUAAUAUUGCAAAUGCUGUUCCAAUACCAUUUCAAAAUGGCAUGCCGAAUUAUAUGAUGCCAAAUUAUAUUAAUCCCACAGCUAAAAAUUUUGUUAGGUAUGGUUAUAACAAUGAAGCUGUUUCUCAAAAUCUUAAUGACUACACUGGCCAAGCUCAUGUUGCAACUGGUCAGUUAAUUGAAGUCGAUGGUGGCCAAAAUAUGAUGCCACAGUUGUCACAACAAUCUUAUAAGUAUGAUGAAGUGGAUUCUAACUCGUACAAAUCAAACCUUCCACAACAAUUUACUAACAAAGUUGAAAAAAUUAAUAACAAUAAAGAUUGUUUAAAAACUGAUGAGAGCUUUGAGACUUGGGAUUAUGUAUAUAGAGAUUUAGAAAAACAAGGAUAUAGCAAAGAUCUUGGUGACAGAGAAAAUGUUUUGGAAAAGAAAAUGCAGAAUAAUAGUUCAUCAAAUAUCACCAAGUUAGAAUAUUCACUGCAAUCACUAAACCUGCAAAAACCAAGCAAAGAUAAUGAAGUAAUCGUGACUAAUAAAAUUAAUAACAACAAAUCAAAAACUGAAGUAUACAAAAAAAAUAAAGCAUCAAAUAAAAGUUCUGAAAAAUUAGAAAUAUCGAAACCAUUAUCAAAAAAAUCAGAAUUUUGGCAGUGCAUUACAUGUACAUUUAAUAACUCAAUCGGUAAAGAUAUAUGUGAGAUGUGUGGAAAAUCAAGGAAAGGUGGAUCAGAAAUUCAACCUUUAACAAGUGGUGGAAAGGAGUGUUCUAAAUGCACUUUAGUAAAUGAAAAGGAUACAAAAAUUUGUGUUGCUUGUGGUGCAAGUUUAUUGGAUUCUCCCACAUACAUUUAAAUAUAUAAUUCAGGCUAAUCCAAAUUUCGGUUUGUGCACUUAUUUUUUACACACACACAC